CAUUUCGUCAAUUUUAUUUUUGUAGCAUAUUUCUCCACGACAAACUGCCGGCGUUAGGUUUCACUUUACUAUCCUCGAGAAAAUCCAACACACGUUUUAAAACAGCAGAGCCAGAAAUCACUGUCCCUCUACCUCUAACACUUUGCUACUACUCCAACUAAGAAAAUCGAAGAAGAAAGACGCGACUCCUGACCAGAAAAUGGCAGCGGUGAAAAGGAUCAAGCUGGGCUCUCAGGGCCUGGAGGUAUCUGCUCAGGGCCUGGGCUGCAUGGGCAUGUCGGCCUUCUACGGCCCACCGAAGCCCGAACCGGAAAUGAUUAAGCUCAUCCACCACGCCGUCAACUCCGGUGUCACCUUUCUGGACACCUCCGACAUCUAUGGCCCUUUCACCAACGAAAUCCUCCUCGGCAAAGCGCUGAAAGGAGGAGUGAGAGAGAAAGUAGAGCUGGCGAGUAAAUUCGGGAUAAGUUUCGCCGACGGGAAGAGAGAGAUCUGCGGCGAUCCGGUGUACGUGAGAGCCGCCUGCGAGGCGAGCUUGAAAAGAUUAGAUCUCGAUUGCAUCGAUCUCUAUUACCAGCAUCGGGUCGACACUCGCGUCCCAAUCGAAGUCACGGUAGGGGAGCUGAAGAAGCUAGUUGAAGAGGGUAAAAUAAAGUAUAUUGGUUUGUCUGAGGCAUCAGCUUCAACAAUAAGAAGAGCACAUGCCGUUCAUCCAAUUACAGCUGUGCAGUUGGAGUGGUCCUUGUGGGUGAGAGAUGUUGAGGAUGAAAUUAUUCCUACCUGCAGGGAACUUGGCAUUGGUAUUGUUGCAUACAGCCCUCUAGGACGAGGUUUCUUGUCCUCUGGCCCUAAGCUUGUAGAAACUCUGACUGAUAAUGACUUCCGUAAGCAACUGCCCAGGUUUCAAGGCAAAAACCUUGAGCAUAACAUAACAAUAUUUGAGCGGGUAAAUGAAAUAGCAGCCAGAAAAGGAUGCACUCCUGCACAGCUGGCUUUGGCCUGGGUUCAUCACCAAGGAGAUGAUGUUUGUCCCAUCCCUGGAACCACCAAAAUUGAGAAUUUUAACCAGAAUAUUGGAGCCCUAUCCGUGAAUCUAACACCAGAAGAAAUGGCUGAGCUUGAAUCUUUUGCAUCGGCAGAUGCUGUAAAGGGUGACAGGUAUGGUGGAGCCUCAGGUACCUGGAGAGAAGCUGAUACUCCACCACUAUCUUCGUGGAAAACCGAAUGAAGAGAAACCAGACAUGGUUUCUCGUAGUGUUUUCUCCUUGUGCAUCAUAGAUGCAUAUAUGAAUUGGUAUUGUGUCUGCUUUUCUGAAGAUUAAAUGCUAUGGUGUGUUUGAUUUACUGAUUUGUAAAAGUUUGAGACUUCAUGUACGGCUCUUUUCUAAUAUAACAAAAUAUAUGAGCUUAAUAUU